CACCAGGGGACGAGGAGCGCCCCCGGGCGGGACCUCGUGUGACCCCCGGGGCUGGACGCGGAGUAGGUGCAGGGGCUGGCUGUCAGAGCCACCGGAGGCCUGGCGCGUGUGAGCGGCCACCACGCGCCUGGGGGCUUUCCUGGGUUGAACCGGGCUUCCCCACGUCCUCCCGGCCUGUUUGGGGGGCCGCUUCCAGGGGGCAGAGAGAUCAAGUCCGCCGCGUGUCACGGUCAGAUGGAGGAGGGCUUGUCCUCUGGCGUCCGCUCCGGUGUCUCCCUCAGUCUUCUGCCUCCUCCCACCGCUCUGAACAGACCUGGUGGCGCGUGCCCUCGGGCCACCGCCUCGGGGCCUUUCAGCAUGUUUUCGUCAGACGGGGUCCCGCUCACGACUCAGGCCGGGUCCUGUUCCCUGCCCGGCCCUGUGCUAGAGCACAGAGCGCUGUGUUGCCUGCCCCGUCCCCGAAGGUACCAGCAGAUCCUGCACCGGAACCUGGUCUACCUGGCCACGAUCGCGGAUUCUAACCAGAACAUGCAGUCCCUGCUGCCCGCCCCGCCCACCCAGAACAUGAACCUGGGCCCCGGAGCGCUGUCCCAGAGCGGCUCCAGCCAGGGCCUGCACUCCCAGGGCAGCCUCAGUGAUGCCAUUGGCACGGGCCUGCCCCCGUCCUCCCUCAUGCAGGGCCAGAUCGGCAACGGUCCGAACCACGUGUCCAUGCAGCAGACGGCACAGAGCACGCUGCCCACCACCUCCAUGAGUAUGUCGGGCAGUGGCCACGGCACGGGGCCUGGCUACAGCCACUCGGGACCUGCCUCACAGAGCGUGCCCCUGCAGGGCCAGGGCGCCAUCGGCAACUAUGUGUCCCGGGCCAACAUCAACAUGCAGUCCAACCCAGUGUCCAUGAUGCACCAGCAGGCGGCCUCGUCCCACUACAACUCGGCGCAGGGCGGGAGCCAGCACUACCAGGGCCAGUCGUCCAUCGCCAUGAUGGGCCAGAGCGGGCAGGGGAGCAGCAUGAUGGGGCAGCGGCCCCUGGCGCCCUACCGGCCCUCCCAGCAAGGCUCGUCCCAGCAGUACCUGGGCCAGGAGGAGUACUACGGAGGCGAGCAGUACGGACACGGCCAGGCCGCCUCGGAGCCCAUGAGCCAGCAGUACUACCCUGACGGACACGGAGACUACGCCUACCAGCAGUCGUACACGGAGCAGAGCUACGACCGGUCCUUCGAGGAGUCCACGCAGCACUACUACGAGGGCGGGAACUCGCAGUACAGCCAGCAGCAGGCGGGGUACCAGCAGGGCGCAGCCCAGCAGCAGGCCGGGUACCAGCAGCAGUACCCCAACCAGCAGAGCUAUCCCGGGCAGCAGCCGGGCUACGGGCCUGCCCAGGGAGCCGCCUCGCAGUACUCCGGGUACCAGCAAGGACAAGGCCAGCAGUACGGAAGCUACAGGGCAUCUCAGACGGGCCCGUCCGCCCAGCAGCAGCGGCCUUAUGGCUAUGAGCAGGCAAGAUUUGGGGAUGCCUUCAGACGCGCAGAUCCGUCAUGUCUGUGGAAACGUGACAAAGGUUUCUCUUAUGGUCGUGAGGAAUAAGGAGAGGAAGGAAUUGGCUGCCAGGGUCUCUUCCAGAAUGUGAAUUCUCUGGUCCGCUAAGGCUUUUGCGAAUUACUGUACGCAUAGCAUACCCGCACUCGGUCAGACACGGUUGGCCGAGUGGCUCUGCGUCUGGGUCCCAGCCCAAGUUUGCAGCCAGCCCUGCUGCUGACCAGUCACCUGUGGGAGCUUGGCCCCUUGGGGGGGUCUUACUGGGGGGCAGCUGGUAAGGGUGAGCCUCGCUGACCCUCUGAUCUAAAUCAUCGGCCGCAGGCUUGGAUGGACGGCCUUCAGAAAGCCAGCGAUCAUGUUGCCCGCCCGAGAUCUAGGCAGAGAGCUGUUUGCUUGCCUGCUUCCCAUCCCUGCUUCCGUCCCUAGUCCUGGGUGUGGGCUGCGGGGCGCGGGGUGGGAGGUCUGUCUCAACUACGGAAGUGUAACACGUGUCUCGGUCUCUUACAGGGCCAGUAUGGAAAUUACCAGCAGUAAGGGACAAGCGUUCUUGGUAGAGCCUUGUGGUGGCAUGUCCCCUGGGGAUGGUUGGGCCGGUGGCAGUUCUGGUGAACUCUGACCUCUUGACUGCCCCUCCGCCCCACGCAGCGUCUGCAUGUGAAGCGUGCACAUUUCAUCUGGGUACGAUGCCAAGGGUGCACCGCUGGCGAGAGACGGCGCUUUGAUGGUGUGACAUAUUCGGUGCUGUGUAUAGUAUUGUACGUCCAUACGACGGGGAGGUUGUCUCUUUUGUCCCCCUCCCCCUUGAUGUUUCUAGCUAGCUUUAGGGGUCCUGUUGUCACCAGAGUAUUCUGUGCCCAGCGAUGGGACACAUCUACCAGAUGCCAUAGUCUGUGUGUUCACAUAAGCAGGCCUCGGGUCUGCUCCUCCUCACGCAGUUGUCGUAAUGUGGGUUGUAAACUUGUCUUUCACUGGCCGCACCGCAGCCGGACACGCGCGCACAGCCCCUGGGUGGCAGCCUCUCCCUGUGCCUCGAUGGCAGGGGAGGGCAUCUUCUGUGUUUUGGGUCAGUUUCUGGUACACAGCGGAAAGUAUAAACAUGCUUCGUUUGGGGAGGCUGCGAAUAGCCCUUUCCAGGCUCGUGCGCUCCCUGUGUCUCUCGCCAAUUGUGUUUAUCCAAAAUGUUUUAUGUUUUUGUAUGAAGAGUAAAGAGGGAUCAACGAGUAUAUUCCAGAUAAACGUACGAUUAGCCUGACCCAGGGAAGGAAAGGGGGUAGUUCUUUAAAAUGACUGGCCUUGGCCCUUAUUUAUCUGACGGUCAGUUCUGGGAUUUGGAUAUUUGAUAUUGCCCUAUUCCGAAUUGAGAAUUUAAAAUAUUUAUACCAAAAUUUCCAAACGGUUGGCAAGUAUUUUCUUUUAUAUUCUUUUCUUCCAGGACCUGCUUAUCCAGGUCUCUAAGCAAGUGUUCCUUUUCUUUUAGAGAUAUCUGAAAUUCACACCUUAUUUUCAAAAAGAACCCCACAAAUUUGACUGUGUUCUUCCCAAGGAAAAGGAUUUAUGUAGGGAAAUUUGAGUAAAUUUUACAUUCCUAGAACAUCAAAUCCCAUUUAAGUUCUCAAGCAUUAUACACAGCUCACUUGGAAAAGCAUAGUAAAAGGAAACCUUCUGUUUCACUAAUUAGUAAUACAAACAUUCUGUCAGCUUUUACCUGGAUAAUAGUAUCCAUGUGAGUACUUUAAAAACAUAUUUGGAUAAAUGCUGACAUACUUCCAAGAACAACCAAGAAAAUUCAAGAAAAUAUCCAAUUCUUUACAUACCAGGUCUACUGAAGAUGGUGUUUUUAAAUUGAUAAGUUUCGCGUUUGAAAAGCUACAAUAGUCCUUUAUCUGGAGGUGUUGAAUGGCUUACAGUUUACAAGGCAUUUUAUGCUGUUUUUGUUCUGUUUUCUUUUGUUUUGUUGCUUGAAUGAAUCGUGACAGUCCACACUGGGAAAUACGGAGGCAAUUACUGCUCCCAUUUUACAGAUGAAGAACUGAGGUGCAAGUUAAAGAUUGCCCCAGAUGAGUACCAGUCCUGUUCUAGCAUAUUUUCCCCUCUUGUGUGGGGACAGAAUCACACGUACAUUGGGAUAGGAGUGUCUAUUUUAUAGGCUUAUGGGUUUUAAAAACUCUUAACGCUGGUAAGGGCUUAAAGAUACGUACUCUGUUAAAUUACUGAAAGAGAGUUCUUAGUUGCUAAAUGACACAGACAUUAGUAAUUUCAUUUAGGGAGGUGUCUCCCUCGAUUUUGUCCUGUUCUUUCCUGACAGUUUUCAUAGAACUGAUUUGCAAACUCCAUCGGGAACUAAAAUUUCCCACUGAAAACGUUACACAUUUUAGAUAACUGUGAAAGUGGUUUCAUUUUUCUUCCUUGCCAAUCUGCGAAUAUGCCUUUUAUGUGUGUGUUUUUUUAAGUGCUGUAUUAAUACUUUUUGAAAGGAAAGGACACUUACACUUAUCCCAGAACUUCAAUCUGAAAUGUCUUACAUUAAGAAUUUCUUGAAUGUUGUGUAUAUAUUUUAAAAAGCACUUUGUGAAAUAGUUUGUACAUUUAUUUCCUAAUUUAUACAUGAUUUGGGGUAUUAAUAUAUUUAAUGAUUAAUAACGGAAUGUUUAUUUAAUGUCUCGUCCGUUUUUAUGUGCUGUUGUGGGGAAGAGGUGGUGCCAGCAGUUCUGUUUUAUUAAACCUAUUACAUCUUCUCUUCUGUAACAUGUUUGCAAAGCUUAGGCUAAAGUGAGUUGUUCGUGCAGUGUGGUCGAUGGUGCUUUGUUUUUUAUGACUCCUUCCACAGAAGGCCAGUGACGAUGCAAAGGACGCUUGGAACGUGAUGCUCAUUCUUCCUCCCAAUUGUCCCCGAGCCACAGCAGGUCUCGGACCUGAGAGACGCCCGCAGCGUCCAGAAGCGCACGCGAACACGGCGGCACGCAGAACCUCACCCCCGUUAGAGUUUGCCGUGCAGCCACUGGCUGGUGGGGACCUGGGCUGCUGGAAGGUUCCGGGGGGGGGGGGGGGGGGCAGCCUCAGGACCACGGGGCUGCGAGGGCCCAAGCCUCAGGGCCGCCGGUGUUUGCGGGAACAGGUGGUCUGAGUGCGGGCGUCUGUUCAGAGCCGCACAGGAGGAAGAUGCUUCUGUUCCCCUUUCGAUUUGUUGCGCUGUUACUUCGUUUCUAGUAACGGAACAGGUCAAAUUCAUCUUAUUUGUGAGCACGGUACAUUUUCUGAAAAACAUCCUAUCAGUUCAGUUUUUUCCAGUCGGGAGUUUGGCGCGUAUAAAUUGCUUAUGAUUUGGUGUAAUGUAUGAAUAAACUGGUUCUUCAAAACCACCCUAA